CAGAUAAAACAAAACCCAAAGGUUGAAGGAAAUAGAACCGGGCUGAACCGGAUAAAAGAGUCGGUUAUGGCAGUUGUAGAGAUAUAAAUUAGCAAGAGACAUCUGAAGAGAGCGGCUUUGAGGCGUAAUAGAAAAGAAAAAUAAGCCGUAGAAGAGGGCUCUCUCUGGUGGAGCUUACCCCCAAAAAAAAAACCAAUUUAUCCUUUACGACUCCAUUAACAAACCAGUAAAGAUGGAUCGUUACCAGAGAGUGGAGAAGCCGAAAGCAGUGACACCCAUUGACGAGAACGAGAUUCGUGUUACUAGUCAAGGCAGGAUGCGAAAUUAUAUCACUUACGCCAUGACUUUGCUUCAGGAGAUGGGCUCGAAUCAAAUAAUCUUUAAGGCAAUGGGAAGAGCCAUUAGCAAGACUGUAACUACUGUGGAGUUACUUAAGAAAAGAAUUGUAGGUCUUCAUCAGAUUACAUCAAUUGGAUCCACGGAUAUAACAGAUAUGUGGGAGCCUCUGGAAGAAGGACUUCUUCCGAUGGAGACCACCAGGCAUGUGUCCAUGAUCACUAUAACCCUUUCAAAAAAUGAAUUGAAUCCAUCAUCUGUUGGGUAUCAGCCUCCAUUACCGGCUGAUCAGGUGAAAGCAUCCAUAAAAAUUGAUCACGAAGAAGGGGGCUCACCUAAUGGCCGAGGUAGAGGCCGUGGUGGUAGAGGAAGGUCAAGGAGUAGAGGGAAUGCUGUUGUCUCUGCUGAGUAUGACGAUGGAGGCUGGGAUCGCAAUCAUGGCUAUGCUAGUGGUAGAGGUCGAGGAAGAGGACAUGGUUCCCAAGGCAGUGGACGUGGAGGAUACAAUGGACCUCAGGUUGGUAGGCUGGAAGAUGGAGGCCACAAUUAUGAAGCCCUUCCACAAGGUCGUGGCCGUGGCAGGGGAUACCGUGGUAGGGGCCGUGGGUUUAGAUCUAAUGGGCCAAUCCAGGCAGCUGUAUGAGGUGGUGGCAGUCUUUGAACAUAAUUGAAAUGGUGUCGGUUAUGCAUCCGGUUAUAUGUUUUAUGGUUUUCUAAUCUUGUCCUUCAUUUGUUUUAGCUGUAAUUUUUUUCUUCAUUGUUCAUUUACCAGCAGUUUGUAACUUUAGGAUGUGUUGAGUUGCAUUCAGAUUUUUCUAGUUCAGCAGCUACCUCACUGCACGAGUGGCAGACGCUUUUCUGUUUUUGUAGCCAAGGUUGAUCAUAUGUUUGAACAAUUUUAGCCUUUUUAUUUGACAGAA